AUGGGCUUCGUAGCCAUGGAAACGGCUAAACAGCGGCAGGACGCGGGUGCGCAUGCGCAUGUUGCGCCGAGCGGUCCUGGCGCGCAGAGCCGGGAGGUCUGGCUCCGCGGGCGGCUGGUGGUAACCCAGAGCUCCAGCGCGUGGGGGGCGAGUGUUCUGGAGGUGUCUAGAGUGAACGAGGGCUGGGCCGUGAGGAACUUGGUGCGUCCAUCUCAGGGAGACCUGGCCUUCAGAGAUGCCAGCAUUCGGCCCCAGGAGGAGCCUGAAAUUCGUCCUCGGUCUUCCCAGCUUGUGACCCCCAUGGGGAUACAGGACAGUAAGGAGCUAAACAGAACCUGCUGCCUGAAUGGGGGAACCUGCAUGCUCGGGUCCUUCUGCGCCUGCCUCCCCUCCUUCUGUGGACGGAACUGUGAGCAAGACGUUUGCAAAGAGAACUGUGGGUCUGUGCCCCAUGACACUCGGCUGCCCAAGAAGUGUUCCAUGUGUAAAUGCUGGCACGGCCAGCUCCGCUGCUUUCCUCAGGCAUUUCUACCUGGCUGUGAUGGCCUUGUGAUGGAUGAGCACCUCAUGGCUCCCAGGACUCCAGAACUACCACCGUCUGCAUGCACCCCUUUUGUGCUAGCUGGCAUCUGCCUUUCUAUACAAAGUUACUAUUAG